UAUUUUUGGUGGGAAACGGUUCUAUUUUUCGUGGCCUCUCCCGCCUUACCCAUGCCGUCGCCCUUCGCCGUCGCUCCUUCCCCGCCUCUCCGAUGCUUCCACUCUCUCUCCUCCCUUCACCCGAUGUCGCGAUGGAACAUUGCGCGUUUCAGUAAUGGGAAGCUCAGUCUUUUUUCUCCAAUCGAUGUUAAGGAAGGCCAAAAGAGGCAAACUUUGAUCUGUGCUGCCAAUCAAGAAGCUGAGGAGUUGUUUAAAAAAAUAGUGGAGGUGGAUAGGCUGAUAGAUACAAUAAGGGAUGCAAAUGGAAAUGAACUUCAGAAGCUUGUGGUCGAAAACGUCCUUGCUUUCAAUGAGAGCUUUUGGUUGCGACUCGCGGCUAGAACUGAGACUUGCAAAUCUGAGGACGAUAAAAAAGACUAUGAAGAAUUUGCCUCAACUCUAAUGAGCAUAGUGGAUCGCGUUGUUAAUAAAACCAAUGAAAAAAUAGAGUACUCUACUAAUGUUCUAAAGGGAAUUAUAAAGCCUGCACUUGAUGAAGUGGAAGAGAUUCCUUGGCCUCCUCGAGAUCCUGAAACUCUCAAGCUUAUGGAGAGAGAAAUCAACCAGAGAGAGCUGGAAGGGGAACUGGAUGAAGGGUUCCUCUCAGAAGUUAAUGCACAGUUACGGAAAGCGAAAGAAGAUGGGGACAAACCAGGGCUUGAGGCUAUGUUGCAAAAAGUUUUCCAACUAUAUGCAGCCAAAGUACUUUCUAGACGUAGCUAUGCAAGAAAAGGGAAUCAGAUUUUAAAGGCAGAAGUGUUUCUUGAGACCAUAAUCAAAGCUCCUGAAGAAGAGUGGAAUAAGCUUUUGAUCAACGGUAUAACUCUUGGUAAAGGGGAAAUCUCCCCGGAGGAACUUCAUGCCGUUAUUAAGAAACGCAUUGAACGAACUUUGAUCCGGACGGAUGGAGGUUCUUAUGAGCAGCGCGUCCUUGUCGAAUACCUGAAGGGAAUUCAAAAAAGAGCGGAGGAGGUUGUCCAAGUACUCCAGGGCAAGAAGCCACAAUAGUUUGUGUUUGAAUUCCAAGAGGGAGAAAUUCAUUAAAUGUUUUUCGUGCACAUAAUAUGGAAAGAAGUUCGUCCAUGUAGUCGAAAAAUGAAGAGGGCAAUUCCCUUAUGAAGAGGAAAUGCGGAUUUGGAUUUUGGGACGAGGAAUACACCAUUAGGCAACCAGAAUCUUACAAGGCAGUCUGUGAACCUUGUGAAAGCACCUGCUAAUAUGUAUGCCUGAAAUCAUUCUUUUGCAGACUGGGCCCCGUUCCAGAACAGAAAAAAGCCCCUUAUUUUUUAAGAAGGCAAUUUCAAGCUCAAAAAUUAUAGGCUUGUUGAAAUCUAAAAAUAUGCAAUAUUGAUCUUGUUUGAAACAUCU